CGGUGAGGAGUAGCGCGCAUUGGGAGCCGGAGACGCGCGUUGCGCGCGAGACUCUUGGCAUUGGCAGGCUGACGGUGACACGUGCCUCUCUCAGCCCGAGCUCCAGUGUACCGCAUUGGCAUCAGCGACGGCCACUGAAACACAGGAGUGGAAGCUGUGCCACGGAUACUGAAAUAUAAUCAAAACGAAAGGCGAACAUUCACCUUUACGCACCGGACAUUAAAUCUGCUCUCGCCUAGGACGCGCAUUGUCUCCGUGUUCAGAUAGAAAAAAAGAAGAAGCGAGUGAACAGGAUGCGGGCACGAGGUAUUAUCCACGCAUGAAAGUGACAUGAUCCACGGAAACUGCAAAAACAGCAGGCGUGAUUGCAGUCUAAACUGGAGAUAACGCGUCACCACGAGAGUCGUUUUCCUCUCGCUCCGUUGAUGCGCAGACAAAGAACUCGGUCGCACACUUAAACUAGUUUUAUCUUAACGCACAUUUUCCGUCGUUUUUGAAUUGGUCCCAUUGAGAUUAAACAAAUCAUGGCCACAUUAAUUAGAAGCAAGAUCUCAAACAAGCUGUCCAACGCGGCCACCACGGUCACCAAUAAGUCACAGGCGAAGGUGAGUGGGAUGUUCGCCAGAAUGGGCUUUCAGGCCGCCACUGAUGAUGAGGCUUUGGGAUUCGCCGCUUGUGAUGAUCUGGACUAUGACCACAGGCAGGGGCUUCAGAUGGACAUACUUAAAAACGAUGAAAUGGGAGGAGAGGGCGGCGGGGAAACGGGGGGAGAUGGAACGUUUGAAGGGGACAGCCAUUACCAGAGGGAUGGAACGGGUCCUCCGCCCUCAGGGUCCAAAGACGGGGGAUUCUGCUCGGAUAUUGGCGGUCCGGACAAGCCAAGAAUCACUGCUUGGGAAGCUGGAUGGAACGUGACCAAUGCGAUCCAGGGCAUGUUUGUGCUCGGGUUACCGUACGCCAUUCUCCACGGCGGAUACCUCGGACUCUUCCUCAUUAUAUUCGCCGCAGUCGUGUGCUGCUACACUGGGAAGAUCCUCAUCGCGUGCCUGUACGAAGAGAACGAAGACGGUCAGCUGGUGCGCGUGAGGGACUCGUACGUGGACAUCGCCAACGCCUGCUGCGCGCCGCGCUUCCCCGCGCUGGGAGGCCACAUCGUCAACGUGGCCCAAAUCAUCGAGCUCGUGAUGACCUGCAUCUUGUACGUGGUGGUGAGCGGGAAUCUGAUGUACAACAGCUUCCCUACACUUCCGGUGUCGCAGAGGUCAUGGGCCAUCAUCGCCACCGCCGCCCUGCUGCCGUGCGCCUUCCUCAAGAACCUCAAGGCCGUGUCCAAGUUCAGCUUGCUGUGCACGCUCGCGCACUUCGUCAUCAACAUCCUCGUGAUAGCCUACUGUCUGUCCCGCGCGCGAGACUGGGCUUGGGACAAGGUGAAGUUUUACAUCGACGUCAAGAAGUUCCCCAUCUCCAUCGGCAUCAUCGUGUUCAGCUACACGUCGCAGAUCUUCCUGCCCUCUCUGGAGGGCAACAUGCAGAAACCCAGCGAGUUCCACUGCAUGAUGAACUGGACGCACAUCGCCGCGUGCAUCCUCAAAGGCCUCUUCGCGCUGGUGGCCUACCUGACGUGGGCCGACGAGACCAAAGAGGUCAUCACCGACAACCUGCCGUCGAGCAUCAGGGCCGUGGUGAACCUCUUCCUCGUUUCCAAGGCGCUGCUGUCGUACCCGCUGCCGUUUUUCGCCGCGGUCGAGGUGCUGGAAAAGACUUUCUUCCAAGACGGAGGUCGGGCGUUUUUCCCGGAUUGCUACGGCGGCGACGGGCGCCUGAAGUCCUGGGGUCUCAGUCUGCGCUGCGCCCUCGUCGUCUUCACGAUGCUCAUGGCGAUUUACGUGCCGCACUUCGCGCUUCUCAUGGGUCUGACGGGCAGCCUGACGGGCGCGGGCCUUUGCUUUCUGCUGCCCAGUCUCUUUCAUCUCAAGCUCUUGUGGAGGAAGCUCUUGUGGCAUCAGGUCUUCUUCGACGUCUCCAUAUUCGUCAUCGGCGGUAUAUGCAGUAUCUCCGGCUUCAUUCACUCCGUCGAAGGUCUCAUCGAAGCCUACAAAUACAACUUGCCCGAUUAGUCUGCUCAUCGUUUGGUGAUCUAAGUGUUAAAACGCAUCCCGCAUAUCAAUAACCAGACCGGACGAGUUGCCCUGCCCCGAUUCAAAUACAUCAGACCUUUAACCUCGGUUCACACGAAAGUGUCUGCCAAUCUGACUUUAAUACAAGAAACGAAUUCAUACGAAUCUUUACGCAUCCACACGAUGCCUUGGUCGACAGAAAUAGGCUAGAUAGCAGAAGAAAACACUUUAUUUUUUUUUUCGUUUCGUUUUUUAAGAGAGAUGCUCAUUUUUUUUUAAAGAAAAUAUUCUGGUUUAGAAAAAGAAAGAAAUAUUUUACAUUCAACAAACGCAAAGCAAUGAUGUGGAGUGAAAAUCUCCUGUUGUGAUCAUGAUCAUCUGCAAUAGUACAAAAUAAUUAUUUACAACAUCACGGCAAUAAAAUUACACACGAGAAUUCAGAUACCUCGUGCAAAACAAAUUUAUAGAUAUUAAUCAAUGAUAUUAUUUGAUUUGUUUUGCAUGAACCAAAAUUAAACGAUAAGGGAAACGUAGAUUUUAAAGGCAGUCGGUGAGCAGAUAUUAAACUAUGCAUUCUGAUCGUAUGAUGUCCAUGCAGCACUAAACAGAUUCACACACACACACUCAAUAAAUAAAUAUAAAUAUAUGAUCUGCUGCAUUCCCGUUAAUCUCUGCGAAUUUAACACACAAAGAAAAUCAGAUUUUAAAAUAAACGAAAAUAAGAGACAAAGAAAAAGGACGAGUCGUCUCUGUCAUCAAAAAGAAAUUGUGUCUGAUAAUGAACCACUUUAAAAUCAAUUCACUAAAUUAAAACUGUGACCAUUUCGUUAUUAUCGUCAUUUUUUUUUACUUUUUUUUUUUUAAGAAAACCCGGCUUCAUGUACCUGCGUGAGAUUUAUUUACAGUGCGAGUCUUUUGAUGGAAAUCUGAUUCAUUAUUUCAAAUCGAGGGACUUGCAUAAGACAUUUUUCAUUUUGUGCAAUCCAAUGGGUGCUGUGGAAAUGUUAUAAAACGUGUGUGUUGUGUUAUUGUGGUUUAAAAGAUGGAAUGUAUAUCACAAAAUCGUUAUCAUAUAUCGUGAAAAUGAAUAUAUUGAAGAAUAAAGAAACGCGUGAAAUUAUAUUGUACAAUUGUGUUUUGGUUUUAUGCGAUAUACAAAUCCACUGAACACGUGCGUUUUCCUCUCUAAAACACAAUAAAUCUGCAAAACCGUG